GUACAUGAGAUCAGUUGUAUUUUCAUAGCACGGGGGCGUGUACCCAAUAUGCUGUAUUAUGCCUACAUCCGACCCGUCACUAUCGUUUAAUGCGUAAAUAGUUUACGUAUCGUGUAAUUUUUUAUUUAAACUAUAAAAUUGAUAUUAGAUCUUUUCCAAAUCUAAUCUCAAAUUUUUUAAAUAAGGGUAUCAACAACGAUAAAGUCAAUAUGUCACUAGAUCACAUGUUCUGUUCAAGGUGUAGAGAAGGUUUUGAACCAAAUGAAAAAAUUGUCAACUCUAAUGGAGAGUUGUGGCAUCCACAAUGUUUUGUUUGUGCCCAGUGCUUCAGACCAUUUCCAGAAGGAAUAUUUUAUGAAUUUGAAGGGCGUAAAUACUGUGAACAUGAUUUUCAAGUUUUAUUUGCUCCAUGUUGUGCUCAAUGUGGGGAAUUUAUUAUUGGCAGAGUCAUUAAAGCUAUGAAUGCUAAUUGGCAUCCAUCUUGUUUCCGGUGUGAAGAAUGCAAUGGAGAGCUUGCAGAUGCUGGUUUCAUCAAAUGUCAAGGUAGAGCCUUGUGUCAUGAAUGCAAUGCCAGAUAUAAAGCAGGAGCUCUAGGCAAGCACAUUUGCUAUCAGUGCCAUGGUGUUAUCGAUGACAAGCCACUUCGUUUUCGAGGAGAAGUGUAUCACCCUUAUCAUUUCAAUUGUACCGCUUGUGGAGUAGAACUCAACUCUGAUGCAAGAGAAGUUCGUUCAAGAGCUGGUUAUGCUGCUAAUGAAAUGAAUGAGUUGUACUGCUUGAGGUGCCAUGAUAAAAUGGGAAUACCUAUUUGUGGUGCUUGUCGACGACCAAUAGAGGAACGUGUUGUAACAGCUCUUGGAAAACAUUGGCACGUGGAACAUUUUGUAUGUGCCAAGUGUGAAAAGCCAUUCCUUGGUCAUAGACAUUACGAAAAAAAAGGUCUGGCUUAUUGUGAAACUCAUUAUCAUCAACUUUUUGGGAAUCUUUGCUUCGUGUGCAAUCAAGUCAUCUCUGGUGAUGUUUUUACUGCGUUCAAUAAAGCUUGGUGUGUGCAACACUUUGCCUGUGCCUUUUGUGACCAGAAGAUGAAUCAGAAAACUAAAUUUUUCGAAGUUGAUCGUAGACCAGCUUGUAAAAAAUGCUACGACAAGUUUCCUGUUGAAUUCAAGAAAAGGCUACGACGUAUACACGAAGUUACGCCCAAACGUUCAGUCUCAAAUUAAAUAACAAGGUUGAGUGAUGUACUGACAAAUAAUCGCUUUCCACUCUUGAGUUUAAAAAAAAGUAUUAUCCAGGAGGAGGAAGAAAAGUGGAUCGGUAUUGUGUAAGAAAAUAUAAAAGAUUUUGAAUACUGCCAAUUAUUUCUAGAGAAGACUAACCAAAGUAUAGUGGCAAAGAGUUAUGUUUUUAAUUAACAAUUUCAAUUAUGACAAUACGUAAAAUAUUUUAUCGCAUGAAGCUUCCAGAUUCUUGGAAUAUUAAAAAUCAGGGUUUUUACAAAUACAUAGUAACAAAAUUAUUUUGGUUGUAA